GUUAUCCAGAAAGAAAAUGUUGAGAAAUUGGAGACUUUUGGUAAGAAGUUUUGCAACAAAUUCAAGUGAGGAAAUCGCUCCGAAGGUUGAUGUUAGUUUUCUACGUCCCCGUCAUCGAAUCAUUGCUGCUGGUGGGAUGCCACCGGUUCAAUUUGAUUCUGAGCGUGAACGAGCAUCUCGUCGUGAAAGAUUCGGAAAAUAUGGUCUAAAAAGUGGUGUACCAGUUGAAGAGCUGUUCCCAACAGCUGAAGAAAUUGAGGAAGAAGAAGCCAUUGGAUUGUUCAGAGAAUUUAAUAAUGCUAAGAAAGAAUACAAAGAACUACAGAAAAAGAAGAGGGAAUCAGAGUUAGCGAGAAUUGCUGAACUCGAGAAAAAUCUCAAAAAGUAUCCUGCAACACUUGCAAAAUAUGAAGCUUCAUUGGUUAAACAAGAACAAGAGAAAGACGAAAAGGAAGUAGCACUUGAAAAACGAAUUCGUGACAUUCAAGAAUACUUUGGAUAUUGGAUGGAUCCAAAAGAUCCAAGAUUCGAAGUGAUGCUACAGCAAAAAGAAGCAGAAGAGAAGAAGGCUGUGAAAAUGGCAAAGCGGGACGAAAUUCAGAAGAAACGAUUUGCAGAGAACGUUCAGGGAUAAUAUAUUUGUCAGAUUUCUUAAUUUUUCCUAGUUUUUCCUUUUGUCUUUUUCUAGAUAUAGUUUCUUGUUUUUGUUUUUAUUUUCUUCCAACAUUAUAAAUAUUUUCAAA